CAAAUCGUUUAUGACAACUGUGCUCAUUUCCCUUAGACAAAUCUCAUCCGUUUCGCUCUGCAGCUCCCAACCACCGCCUUUAUUGUUGCCUUCCUGUUACUGGUGGAUCUGACAUCAGCGGGUUUCAGACAUAGGUACCGUGGCAUACACGCACCAUUAGCUUGUAACCUACACAACCACGGCUCUAGGAAGAAAACGUAUAAAGAACACUUAAAACUGCUUCAAUAAGACAUAAUGUCUUGGGCAGAAUACAUUCGAGGUCUUGCUGCGACGUUCGAGGAGGCAGCUAAACAGCUUACAUCUCUUACGGAGUUGCCCCCAGAUGUCGUGGAUGAGAUUACGAAUGAGGAGGAUUCUGACACAAACGAGACCUCCAAAGAUUCUUAUAGGAAACGGAUUGAAGAAUUGAAUGCGUUCUCUGACUCAGAUGGCGCUGAUGAAAAUUUCGGCGAUGUAAAUUUAAACGAACAGGCCGAAGUUCGUAAAAAGAUCCAAGAGAUUCAAGCGUCUCCCACUCUUACUGACAAACAAAAGGCAUCUUUUAUGCAAAAGUUGCUCAUGUCGGGUUACCGGAAGUAUAAGCACAAGAGCAGCCGUGUUCGAAGGGAGUCUGGAUCACCUACCCCGGAAGAGCUUGAGAAAACUUUUUUUGAUGAAAAAAAUGGUAUCUUGGGCUGCCCUCAUUAUAUGCGGUGCUGUAAGAAACAAUGCACGAAAUGUCUUGGUUGGUAUACAUGCAGGCGCUGUCAUGAUGCUGUGAACUCCCACACGUUGGAUCGUCACGCUACAAAUAAAAUGCUCUGCAUGUUGUGUCAAACAGUGCAGCCUCCAGCCAAAUACUGCCGGUCGUGCGACGCUUGCAUGGCUGAAUACUAUUGCAGCAAAUGCAAGCUUUGGGAUGGUGACCCUCACAAGAGCAGUUACCAUUGCGAUGAGUGCGGCAUUUGCCGUGUUGGCCGUGGACUUGGUGACGACUAUUUUCACUGCAAGAAGUGUGGUAUAUGUAUUUCUAUUUCGGUCUAUGACACCCACAAGUGCAUUGAGCGAAGCACAGAUUGUAAUUGUCCGAUUUGUGGUGAAUACAUGUUCACUUCAACAGAUCCUAUUAUCUUUCUGCCUUGCUCUCAUCCCUUGCACCGGAGUUGUUACCUUGAAUAUUUCAAGCGCAAUUAUAGAUGCCCAACCUGUUCGAAAACAGUCGCAAACGUGAAUUCCAUGUUCCGUAUCCUGGACGCUGAAGUCUCACGACAACCAAUGCCGUAUCCAUACAACACCUGGAUUACAACCAUAAAAUGUAACGAUUGUCAUGCUCGUUGUGAACAGAAGUACCAUUUUUUGGGACACAAAUGUCGCUUCUGUAACUCUUAUAACACUACUAUCUCCUCCAUUUACAAGCCGCUCGACCAUCCUCAAAUAUCUAUUCCUGAAGUCGCUGGUUCUGAAGAUGCCGGCAUGCGUGCGCUUAUGGGGCAGCAUGGGUUGGAUUCAGACAGCGACCUGAAUUUGUACAAUGUUUGACCUUGCGUCUCUGGCGAGUUUUAUGAGCAUUGCGUGGGUGCCUCUUACCUUACACCUCUGUCUUCCAGCAGUGGUGUAUUGUAUCACUUCGGCUACAGCCGAAAUUCUCUUUUCUGUUAAAAUGCCGCACUGGUGUUCGGCUUUUUUACGUGUUGUAUUUUGCUUUUUACGUUUUGCACCACCGCAUACCACUGUACUAUUAUUGAGGACGAUGUGCUUCCCUAGUGCUCUUUUGUCUUUGCUCAAUUUGUUUUUGGGAUAUUAUUAUUGCUCACGAAACUGACAGCCCGAGACUUUUGUAACUCGCUGCCAACUCUUUUCCAUGUAUCUUAUUUUCCUUCGUCUUACGCUCUGUUGGUCUUUCUCUAAAUCGUCAAAUCUACCCUCUCGUGUCCUCCGCAUGAAUCUUUUCAAGAAAAAAACUUAAUUUUUCAUUCCGUCCGAACCAAAACACCUUCGAUUAACUACCCUUACCGCCUUUUUGUUAGAAUUUGUUCCCUCUAUCACGUUCUUCACAGAAACAGCGGCAGUUAGCUAUGUAUUUUUUAGGACCGACGUUGUCCUUCUGGUUUCUAUUCCUCCUGCCGCUGAGUUCACAAACGGAGUUGUGCACGAAGAGUAAUUAGUGAUUAGGACCCUUGCAGGUCAGUCGGAUGAGGGGCUGUAUUUUUUCCUAUUUACUUAACUACCUACCUAUCUAUCUAAAUUCAUAUGUUUACUACAAGGAAGUAUGAAAACGUGUUACGAAACAAAGUAAAGGUUCGUAUCAUUCGGAAGACGGCUGAACUCCUAAGACCACGUCCCGUCCCGUCUCUGCAUGUCAACGUCUGCACUUGCUC